AUGUGCCUACUUAGUUACUGUGUAUUCGGCACAUUUUGCUUUGCCGCUACGAUCCACCUCUUUUUCCUCUUCCAGAAGACAUGUGGCAAAUCUCUGGAAGAGAUUGACAUCAUUUUCGAGGAGAAUAUCUGGGCGUUCAAAGCUAAGCAGGAGCCUAGUUGCUUGGCUGCUGAUAUCAAACAAGCGAGAAAAGAUUUAAGUGUAGAAUUCGGAAUGUUUGACAAUGCCAGAAACAUUAAGACCUUGAUUCUGGCUAUGGAGCCUCCAGGACUUGGAAACGGUCAGGUUCAAACAUGA